AUUACUUUGUUUGCAGAGACUAUGGGGUUAGAAAAACGAAUAGUCCACUAAAAAUACCCUGCCGGGUGGCCUUUUCCUGCAGGCAGCACAGCUUCCAGGGUACGUGUGGGCCGUUGAGGAAAGAGGACAUGAGUGGAGCUGGUCUGCAUGCGGCUUCCUGCGCUAUGUUAUAAAGACUCCCCUCCCUCCGGCUAACCUCCACAGUCUUUCUCAGACAACUGUGGUAGGUUAUAUCUUGGGAUAGCUGUAUUGAGGUAGCUGACAGUUGAACUGAGGGUUGCGAGGUCAGCAUUGUGCACAUUGGUUCUCGUCCCUGCUGGUCGGGGUACGAGUAGGGAGCUGGUCUCACCUAACAGAGGCGUCCAGGAGACUCCCCUCUAUGUAUUCUCUAGCUGGUGCCUUCCUCAACAAGAUGAGCAAGAUCCAGGUGGCGGAGGGAUACCAGGUUGGAGGAAGGCGUGCGGUGGUGGCGUCUGAUGCGGUUGCUGCGGAGGGAUAUGUGAAGGAGUUUACGCGCCACUCCAACGACGUCCUGCUGAAUCUGAAUGAGCUGAGGCACCGGAACAUUCUGACUGAUGCCACCCUCAUGGUGGGCGCUGCCCAACUGCAGGCUCACUGUGCUGUGCUCAUUGCCUGCAGUGGGUUCUUCUACUCCCUGUACUGCCAUCGUGUGUCCUCCCCCGUACAGAGUGGUGCUGGAGGCCAGGCCCUAACCCUGUCUCUCCCUGACUCCCUGGACCCCUCCAGCGUCUCCCUGCUUCUGGACUUCAUGUACACCUCCCGGCUGCCCCUCACGUCACACACCGUCCCCGGGGUGCUCGCCGUCGCCACCUACCUGCAGAUGGACCACGUGGCUGACACCUGCAGAGCGUUCAUGUUACACAUUGAGAGGAUGAGAGGGACGCCCCCUCAAGUGGAGCUGGACUCCACGGUGUCUGCAGUGUUCGAGGCACCCUCAGGGGGAGUUCCUCCCAGUCCCCCUAUCAAUGGAAGACCCCGCCCGUCUGUUCUCGCUGUCUCCACCCCCUCACAGCCCGCAGCGGAGGCUGAGGGCCAUAUUUGCCCUGACUCAGCCAGGGUCCCUGGAGACAUCCGGGCCUCUCUGCAGCCAGGGACUUUCCUGACCCAUAAGCCCAGGGCAAAGGAACUAAAGUUGGAGCCUGAAUCCCCUCUCCCGACACCCUCUCCAGAAAGCCCAUCCCGCUCCAGCUGCCAGCCCAACUCUCCUGCUGAGUCCAAAACCUGUAACAUGGGUGAACCCAAGAACAGCCCUGACCCUAAGGCGUGCAACUGGAAGAAGUACAAGUACAUCGUCCUCAAUCCAUUCUGUGCCUUAACCACAGUGAAGGAGGAGGAGCCUGAAGAGGUCCAGCAGCAGCUUAGGCACACCCCCACCUCUGAUAGGAUGGAGGUGACAUUGAAGCCAACUAUAGAGGUGUGGCCAGGGGAAGGAUCUGGCCAAAAUGACAGGCACGUCUCCUGCUAUGAUGUCCCUGGCCGUAGCCCUCCUCUGGUGCCCCUCACAGGGCUGUCAGCACACUCUGCGGACCACCCCAUGGAGCCUCCCACCCACAAGGAAGGAACAGCCUCGCCUUGCUAUCUGGCACCCCGCCCAUUGGAGCCAGAGGCUGCCCAUCACUGCCAACACCCAAUCAAGUGCAAGAAUUACGGCUUGCCAUUCCGUUACUCCGACAACCUGAGCGUGAUAAAGGCUGUCUGCAAAGGUAAGCCAGCCCCUGCUGCCGGCGACAAGCCGUACCGCUGCAACGUGUGUGGUGCCCAGUUCAACCGGCCCGCCAAUUUGAAGACUCACUCCCGCAUCCACUCUGGAGAGAAGCCCUACCACUGUGAUACCUGCGGGACCCGAUUCGUUCAGGUGGCCCACCUGCGAGCCCAUGUACUGAUUCACACAGGGGAGAAGCCCUAUCCCUGUCACACCUGUGGCACUCGCUUCCGUCACCUGCAGACCCUGAAGAGCCACCUGCGUAUUCACACGGGCGAGAAGCCUUACACUUGUGAGAAGUGUGACCUGCACGUCCGCCACAAGAGCCAGCUGCGUCUCCACCUGAGGCAGAAGCACGGCGCCGUCACCAACAACAAGAUCCACUACAAGGUCCUGGCCGACCCCUACCAGUCCAUCCUGCAGGCCUGUUAAAUGUCUUCCCUUUGAACCCGGACUUUAACCCCUAACCCCAUUAUAACACCUAAACAUAUAGUUGGAAGUACAUGGGUCCUGUAUGUGAUUAGCCAAUCAAGCCAUGAUGUUCUAAUAUGAUUUGGGGAAAGACAGCAGGACCAGAGAUCUGAGCUGAUAUGUAGAUAGCAUGCUGAUGACUGUCCUCUACAUGCUGUCAGUGAGGCACAUAUGAGUUAGGUUCAGUAUGACCUGGAUCUUGUCAAGAGUUACUGGGAGUAGUAUGGAAUGUUUUUGUAGCCCAUCAGUUUGAGAGAGAGAGAGAGAGAGAGAGAGAGAGAGAGAGAGAGAGAGAGAGAGAGAG